AGUCGCUAUGCGCUUACCUUAGUGCGUUAACUGUUUUUUUAAAUCGCCAAGACCGUACGUUAAACCCACGUCGCGUGCAGUCGAGUCCUCGUGCGCGGUUUAACUACCGAUGAACGAGUGCGAUUAAUAAAAACGAUCACUAUUUUUAUACAUGGCUAUGAGAUGGAUGAAAAGCGCGUAAACAUUUUCGCGAAUGUACGUAUCGUCGAGCGUUUGCAGAUCGGCAAAUCUUUCCACUCAAGUCGUUAUGAAAACUCCAUUGUCCUCCUUACAUUAUUAUUUCUAAUUUCGUACGCAAAUAUAUCGCAGCUUUCUAUUACACGCUGUCGUAAUGUGCAUCCGGAAGAGUAACACGUCGACUCGCAACGGUCGUUAGAGCUAAAAUGAAUAAUGCAAUGAAAGUACGAUGGACUAUGACUGUCUAGGACUAUUUCUGUAAAUUAUGAAAUUGCAGUAGAACUCGUAAUUUCUCCUUUAUCAUAGCCUCAAGAGACUUGCCUCAAAGUAAAUCGCAAGCGUCGUUGCUACUGUUUGAUCUCGUUUGAUCGUAGAAUGGAUAUAAGUUCGUUAAUUCCGGCGGGACUUCAAGGCGGGCAGACGAAUGUGUGCGAGAUACAGGCGGGAUACAACAAGUUCUCGGAGAAUUUGCGAAGGUUCACACCGCAGGCUAUACAGUGCGCUAUAUUUUGCGGCGGAUCCAAAUGCAAGUAUGAGAAUUCAAAAGCUUGGCCGCCCGUUCACAUGGCGAUACAGAACAUCUUUUCGCACUGGGUGACUGACGAUGUCCUUGCGAUGGCACGACCUAGCACCGCGCAAAUAAUAAAGAAGGAUAUAAUUGCCCAAUUCCAAGGGUGGAGCAUAAAAACCAUAAUAAACCUGCAAACAUCCGGUGAACACGCGAGCUGUGGGGGACCACUCGAAGAGAGCGGUUUCACAUACGACCCGAACAUUUUUAUGAAAAAUGGCAUUUACUAUUACAAUUUUGCCCUGAAGGAUUACGGUGACGCCACGAUGGGCAAGCUUCUGGAUAUGGUCAAGGUCGUGGCCUUCGCCGUGCAAGAAGGAAGAGUAGCGAUUCACUGUCAUGCCGGUCUCGGCAGAACCGGCGUCCUGAUCGCGUGCUACCUUAUUUACAGUCUUCGUGUGAGAGCAAACGACGCGAUAAGAUUUGUCCGUAUGAAACGGCCGUCUGCCAUACAGACGCGCGGGCAAAUACUUUGUAUCCAGGAAUUCGAGCACUUUGUACUUCCGCAGAUGAUAGUAUUCCCUUUACACAGUACAACCGGGGAUCGCAAGCCCUACAGCCUUCAAUCGUACCUGAGGAAGCAACACAAUGUCUUACACGGAUAUGAGCAGCGCACUUUCAAGCAUAUUCCAAAGAUUGUAUUUAUCAUUUGCGAGCGAAUACUCCAGCUCUGCGACUGUCAGGAAGACAAUUCGCCGUCCGAAAUUAUAUACGGCGUCUCCAAUGUGCCUUUCACGCAAAGAUUCAUUUGUCAUGUGUUGGAGAAAUUCCGUGACGGCAAGGGUAACAUACGGCACUCCUACUCGUGGGCGGAAUCCCUCGCGGAUUCGUCCUACGAAUAUUCAACUUCCACGAAAGCCUGCGGUAGUAGUAGUCAAGGAUCGUCCCGAGACAUUUCCGAUGAUAUAGGAAGAUUGAGCGACGUGUUUUGCAUGUCACCGGAUACCCCUUCUUGCGACUCCACGUUUCCAGGUCUAGAUGACAGCUGCGUCGACGAUGUCUUAGGGGAUGGUAUUCACGAUCAGGAUUUACUCGAUAAUGAUUGUUACAAGGAAAUUCAAUCGCACAUGGACUUGAGGAGCGUCGCCCGUAAUGAAGCUUACGAAACGGUGACCGCCGAGGAAGCUAUAAAAGCGCUCAUUAAAGAUAGUACUUCUCUUUCGGAGACUAUCAAGAAACGUCUGCAGGAAUAUCAGAGCGACUUGAACCAUCGAUGUACCGCUUGGCAGCGUUUGGAAUUGGAAACCAAUCUGGAAAUCUUGUCGGCUCUGCUGUUCGAGUGGCUGGAGAGUCUCAAGCACCCGCUUCUUGACGUUGAUAGCCUCAGUUACAUCGUUGUAUGGAGUUCAAAGCCGCAGCGGUGCCUUGGAAAAUUGUCCGUCUGCACGAGAUACAUAUUCGAGUACCUCUUGCGAUUUGUCACUCGCCUGAGACCGGUGACAGCUGAAAGUCAGAGCUUAAUCACUAAGAGGCUCAUGGCAGCGUUAACACAGCAAACUAUCUGGAUCAAAAACUCCUUUUAUCCUCCGAAUAAACAUUUCCAGAAGCUGCGAAAAGGCACUGCUGGGAAGCUCAACGAAUUCUUCAUUCGUUUGAUGAACUUGAUAGAGGAGGUCAACACCCAGGAAGUGGACAAGCCUCCAUGGGUGUCUAAAUGGGAAUUAUUGUCCAGUCAUUUGCGAGAUAUGGAAUGUCAGAAAAACAACGAGCAGGAGUGAAGAAUUUAAUAAAUUUAUCAUUCUGACAGGUUUUCUCCUAAUUGCCAACGAUAUAGAUACGCCCUUAGUUUUUUGCUUAAUCAGCCGCAGGUAACCGUGUGAGUAGGACGCGACUCUGUGGAUUUACGAGAUGUAACGCAACGAAACAUGGAUACGUGGAUAAUAUUUUUGUUACUGUAAAUCUCGUAUUAAUAGAGUAAAUUAUCGUUGCUCUGAUCGCAACAAAUUGAAAAUUGCGCACUUUGACGAACUAUCUGUAAUUGAGCACUUUCUGUUAUCAAUCUUUCGAUCGAUAACAUUAGAAGAACCGACUUCCAAUGUUAGGAACGACUAUAUGGGUACUUAAGAUCGCUUUAUUUAAGAUUUAUGUAUUAUAGUACAUAUUUGAAUUUAGCUUUGAUCGAGAUCCAAAUGUUAAAUGAGAGAUUACGAUCAUUGAUAUUUAUUUUUACAAUGAGAUACAAGCGCGGCUCGACUUUUGAGUCGAGUAUCAACAUAAUUAAUAAUAAUAUAUACAUUAUAAGUGACAAUUAUGUAAACAAUUGUAACAAAUAAAGGGAAAUAUUUUAGCAGUAACAGCACGUACCGAUAGAAUGGCUGCCUCUCGUGAGAAAAACCAAAGUUAAAUCAAUAUAUUUCGAAAAAUUCGUAAGAAGCAACAAUUUAAAAUAGAUAUAUCAAUGAUAACGACACUAUAAAUGUAAUUACGUAGAAAUAUAAUAGACUAUCAACAAACGGUAGUUAUGUUUGUAAUCAAAUGUGGAAAUUCACCAUAUUAUCCGUUGUUGGAUGGAAUUAUUCCGACGGAGG